AUGAAUUCUUAACUUGAUGAUGGUAGCAAAACUUCUUUAUUAAUAGUUUUACAUAAAAAGAAAUUUACAAAAAUUGACAAGAAUUCUCCCAAAUCCUAUCAAGAUGAAUGUUUAGAACCACCAUCUUUUUUUGAAAGUUUUUAUCUAAAUAACUCUGGCUCAUCUAGCAAAUAGUAUACACCCAAUGCUUACGAUCAAAUCAAUCAGUAUUUGUUUGAGAAUUUCAAUCGAUGGGAUGAAGUUUAUGGGCCAAGAAAGGAGUAGCAAGCAAUUAGCUAAAAUAAAAAGAAAAAAAAUUAGGAAAUUUAAUCUGCUUCACAUAUUGCAUUACUCAUAAAUUGUCUUUUAAUAUUAUGGAACAACAUAUUUAAAGCCUUAUUAUCAGUCUUAUUCCCUCAUCUUAUACUCUUUGAGGAAGAUGAGAGUAUUAAUCAUUUAUCUUACUUUUUAUUAUUUUAUAUUCUUAUCGUUACACUAACUUAUAUCUUAUGUUAGUUUAUAUAAAUGAAGCACAAAGAGAACUUGUCAGCCAUUUACAAAUUUAAGCUAAUUGAUGACUUUAUAAUAACAAACAUCUUGCUAGUUGGAUUACUUUUGAUUUAGAUAACUUUGAAUACAUAAAUAAUAGUAAUAAUUUUGUCCCUUUAUUUUUUUAAUGACGGCUAUAAUCAGAUCGAAAAGUUUUUUAAGCUGCUCAUAAUUACAAAAAAAAAAUGCUUUAAUUAUCUGGCUAUCUCAAAGAUCAUAAUUUAUUAUCUAUAUUUAAUUCAUCUAUUUGCUUGUGUUCUAUACUAAAAUGAUUUUCAACUUAGUUAUAGAGAUUCACUAUUUAUAAAUAUUAAUUUUUUCACUUUUUAAGCAAAUUAUCAUGUAAGUGAAUCAUCUUCUGAUUUAACUAUGAUAUUUAGUUAAAUUGUAGGAUUGAUUAUGUUAUUCAAUUCAAUCGAUGUCAUAAUUUAGAUAAGACUAAAGAAAAUUGAAUUGUUGAAUAGGCCUAAAAUUGAUGUGCAUAUUCUGCAUUAUUAUAUUUGGCAUCAUAAAGGAAAUUUACUUGAGAAACUUAAGAUGGUUACAUAGCUUAACAAUAACAGUUAACUCACAAAAUAAAUAGGUUAAAACGCUAUGAGAAUCAUUUUUCAACAAAUUAUGGAAGAUUAUUUGGAAAUUUCUCAUAUUUUUACAAAACAAUUUGUAAUCAACUUAUCAGAAAAGAUUAAAGUUUUUAGAAAAACUAAGGAAAUAGAUUUUAAUAAAAAUCGAGGUUUGUAUUUGAUUCUAAGGGGACAAGUUUUAAUUAGUUUCAAAAAGGAAGGAUUGAGACAAUAUUAAUAGAUUAUGAUUGACAAAGUGUUUGGAUUGAUUGAUUGUUUUUAAAAGAACAUUUCAGAUAUAAAAAUAAAAUUAAACAAUAAUUUUUUAGUUUUGUUUAUAAAGGAAGAAGAUUUUAAACAAUGUUUGAAUUUAAAUUAAGAUCUAGAAACAUUCCACAUGAUUAAAAAUAGAAUAUUGUUUGAAGGAGAUACAUCCUAUGUAAAUUAUAGAUGUCUGAUAUGCAGAGGAUUUCAUUUAAUGAGGAAAUGCCAAGUUUAACAAGAUAUUUACAAAUUGAUUUUAAAAGAUUAUUUUCAAUAGAAUAAAAGAAUUAAAGUAUAAAGAAGAGCAAAGAAGGACCCUUAAGCCUUUAAAAUAUACCAAAUAAAAAUAAAGAAACAGAUAAGUGUAACAGUUCGUUCAGAAAUUGAAAGUAAUGAGAGCAGUAGUAUCUAUGAGCAAUUACCGGUCCUUCAAGAUGAACCUACUGAAAGUUCGAAAUUUUUCGAUAGAAAUAUGAUUAAUGGACAAAGCAAAGGGACUAUAACUAUACCUACAAUCUCAAAAGAGUGCUAUGGUGAUUUUAUUUCAGACAAGAUAUUACUAGAAUAAAUGAAAUCAUGUCACAAGUAAGCAUCUCUUCAACCAUCAAUACAACCUGGUAGUUAAUAAUUUUGGGAUGGCCUUAGAACAGAUUAUAGGAGCUAAUAACUGUCUCCUUCAACUUUCAAAUUCUAAGAUAUUGUAAUAGCUGAUGAUAUAGAUACAAUUCAAGAAUAUGUUUAUUUCCAUCCAGAAUUCAACAUUAGCUCUAUAAUCUCGAUAUUGGAAAAGUGA